AGCUGUGCGUCUGUCGUUGUCUCUGCAGGAGACUCGAGGUCAGAGGUCAACGUUGAGGUUUCCUCUUUUUCUCUCUGGACCUGAAAGCAGCAUCAGAAAACACGUUUUUCCUGACUGGAAGCUGAGUGUGUGAACACACCGCGGAGGCACUUCAUCAUUCUACUGGCCUGUUGGAUCAGGUUCAGGAUCAGGUCUGGGAUCAGGUUCAGGAUCAGGUCUGGGAUCAGGUUCAGGAUCAGGUUCAGGAUCAGGUUCAGGAUGGAGAUGAAGGACUUCUGUCUCCCAGACGACUAUCGCUUCAUCAGUCCACAGCGCCCCUCCUUCCCCCUGGACUCCGGUCUCAGCCGCUCACACCGGGCCUUCCUCCUCCCCAGUCCGGCCUCCUCCUCCUCCUCCUCCUCCUCCUCCUCCUCCUACAGCCCCCUCUGUGGAGCGCCGGAGCCCGACUCCCCAACAGGAUCUAUUUCCAGCGGAGGAGGCAUCGGGGGCGGCGCUGCGGCAUCGGAGGCGUCCAUGUGUUUUUCCACAGAUUUGUUUUCAGCACAGGUGGACUCCUUCCUGAGGGGCGACUACCUGACACCCAUGGGUGCUGUGGGGCCCGAGAGGCUCUGCCUGGUGUGCGGGGACCUGGCCUCCGGGUAUCACUACGGCGUGGCAUCCUGCGAGGCCUGCAAGGCCUUCUUCAAGAGGACCAUCCAAGGCAACGUCGAGUACAGCUGUCCGCUGGCGAAGGAGUGUGAGAUCACGAAGCGGAGGAGGAAAGCCUGUCAGGCCUGUCGCUUCCACAAGUGUCUCCAGGCCGGGAUGAUGAGGGAGGGAGUGCGCGUGGAUCGAGUGAGAGGAGGCCGGCAGAAGUACCAGAGGCGGGUGGAGGCCGGCCUGUGUUUCCACAGCAGCAGAAACAAGGUGGUGUCCCAUUUGCUACUGACAGACCCCGCCCCCCUGGCUGCCAAUCAGGACGAUUCGACCAAUGACGGCAGCCUGCGGAACCUGCUGACCCUCUGUGACCUCUUGAACCGGGAGCUGCUGGUUCUGAUUGGCUGGGCCAAACAGAUCCCAGGUUUCUCUGGGCUCUCAUUGGUCGACCAGAUGUCGCUGCUGCAGAGCGGUUGGAUGGAGGCCCUGCUGGUGGGCGUGGCCUGGCGGUCGCAGGGCUCAGAGGGGGAGGAGCUCGUAUUCGCCGGGAACCUGCGGCUGGACGAGGCCCAGUGUCGAGCCGCGGGAUUGGCCGAGCUGUACGAGGCGCUGCGCCACCUGACGGCGAGAUACCGGGCGAUGGACCUGAGCCCCGAGGAGGCGGUGACCCUGAAGGCCGUGGCGCUGGCUAACUCUGACGCCGACCCGCUGGAGGGUCCGGACUCGGUCCGGCGGCUUCAGGACCGGCUCCACGAGGCGCUGCAGGAGCACGAGGCGACCCGGUGGGAGCGGCGCCGGGCGGGCCGGCUGCUGCUGAGCCUCCCGCUGCUGCGACACGCGGCCGGCCGCGCCGCGCAGAACCUGCUGAGGCUGCACCGGCACCGCGGGGUGCCGCUCCACAAGCUGCUGCUGGAGAUGCUGGACGCCUGAGGCUCGUCUUCAUCACCUUCAUCAUGGAGAUGCUGGACGCCUGAGGCUCGUCUUCAUCACCUUCAUCAUGGAGAUGCUGGACGCCUGAGGCUCGUCUUCAUCACCUUCAUCAUGGAGAUGCUGGACGCCUGAGGCUCGUCUUCAUCACCUUCAUCAUGGAGAUGCUGGACCCCUGAGGCUCGUCUUCAUCUUCAUCACCUUCAUCAUGGAGAUGCUGGACCCCUGAGUCUCGUCUUCAUCUUCAUCACCUUCAUCAUGGAGAUGCUGGAGGCCUGAGGCUCGUCUUCAUCUUCAUCAUCAUCAUGACGAUCACCAUCCUCAUCAUCAUCAUCAUCAUCAUCACCAUCAUCACCACCAUCACCACCACCAUCAACAUCAUCACC